AUGAAUAUGCCGCUGUUGGAUAUUCAACCACGAACAUUGAAGUUUGUAGUCGAUCUGAAGAAGCAGACUUCCUGUGUGGUAGUGCUUACCAAUACAACCCCUCAUUUCGUUGCAUUUAAGGUCAAAACCACAUCCCCAAAGAAGUACUGUGUCCGUCCAAAUGUUGGCGUUGUUGCACCAAAAUCAUCUAGUGAAUUCACUGUCAUUAUGCAAGCUUAUAAAGAACCACCUCAAGAUAUGGUUUGCAAAGACAAAUUCUUAAUCCAGAGUACUGCUGUGCCUGCGGAAACAACUGAUGAGGACAUCACAGCUAGCAUGUUCUCCAAAGUGGAAGGCAAACACAUAGAGGAAAACAAACUGAGAGUCACUCUCGUGUUACCCUCUGACUCACCCGAACUAUCUCCAAUUAGUGGGAUAAAGCAGGAAGCAGCAUUUGAAGAUUCCAUUCUCAAAAAUCGAUUAUACAGUGAAUCAGAGACCCUUGCUCCGCCACAAUAUGAGAGUGAGAUUGUAAAGGAGGCUAGGAUGGUUGGACAUGAUGAGUUAAAGGCAGCUGAUGAUGCAAAGGAGUUGAAGCCACCAAAAGGGGGCAUCAUGGAUUUCAUUGAGGAUCAGGACUUAAAGGCAGCAAAAGGAGGCUACGAUACAAUGAGGAUGCCAAAAGAAUCUGAAUUCGAUCCAAUUAGGUCUCAUAAGGAUUUAGAUGAUGGAAGGGCUAUCAAGCCAACACAUAACUUGGAGGCUCCCACUAAGAAUGUCAUGGAUCUACCUGGGAAUCAAGGGUUUAAUAAUGGAAUAACUUCAGCUAACAGUGUAGCUUAUCAUGAUGAACCGAAGAUACUGAGGGACAGAGAUGUUGUCCAGCUGCAGAAAACAGAUGCUCAGAAUAUCAAGGCAAUGGAUGAACAUAAGUUGGUUAAAGACAUCGAUGAGAUGAAGCUGAAAGUCAGUGCUCUUGAAUCCAAGUUGAAACAGGCUGAUUCAACUAUUUCGAAGCUGAUGGAAGAGCGGACUAUAAGCUCCCAACAUAGAGAAAGCUUGCAACAAGAGCUGGCGGACGUGAGGACGAAGAAGAUAGUGAAAGAAGUGCACAUCGGGUUCCCUCUGCUGUUUGUAUGCGUGGUGGCAUUCAUCAGCGUUGUCGUCGGGUACUGUCUGCGCAAUUGA